UUGGAGUUGGGAGAUUAUAAAGGGCUUCAGCGUAUUUAGGAGAGAGCCUUCGUCGGAGGGGUCUCUUUGCCUAUAUCUUCUUCUCCUCGUUCUCGAUCGUGCUCUCUAUCAAGUGCGCUCAAAAGAGACGAACAAAAUGGCCAACGCAGCUUCUGGUAUGGCUGUGCAUGAUGAAUGCAAGUUGAAGUUUUUGGAGCUUAAGGCAAAAAGGACGCAUCGGUUCAUAGUUUUCAAGAUUGAGGAGAAGCAAAAGCAAGUUAUUGUGGAGAAGGUUGGUGAGCCAGCCCAAAGUUACGAGGAUUUCACUGCAAGCCUUCCUGCUGAUGAGUGUCGUUAUGCUGUCUAUGAUUUUGAUUUUGUCACCGCAGAGAAUUGCCAAAAGAGCAGGAUUUUCUUCAUUGCUUGGUCUCCUGAUACAGCAAGAGUUAGAAGCAAGAUGAUUUAUGCAAGCUCCAAAGAUAGAUUCAAGAGAGAGCUUGAUGGAAUUCAGAUCGAGUUGCAAGCAACCGAUCCAACUGAGAUGGGUCUCGAUGUCAUUAAGAGCCGCGCCACCUGAAUUCAAAUCACGGGCCUUGCAUCAGGGAGUUCCUCCCUUCAGCCCUUCUUUACUCCAGUGAAUUGUUUAUAGUUUGUGGGAUGGUGAACUUGGCUAAUUAUGGUAUCAAUUUCCAAGUUUUGCCGCAGAGUCUUUUGUUCAUCUUGGACAAUAGUCUCUGGUUUCUGGUAUAUCAUGCGAUUUGUUAUCUAUGGAACUUAUGUACUGUUGAGUGGCUUUUUACAGUUCUAUUUCUAGCCGCUAAUAUGUAACUGCAUGUGGGGGGUUAGACGGCACCUUUAGUUCAUUUCAAGUUAUAAAUUGAUCCUGGUCAUUUAACUUUGAAGUGCUAAAGGGAAAUGCUUUUAAGACUUUUGAAGUUGAUCAUUUACUGGCUUGUUUUUGUAUCACAUAGAUAAAUAUAUCAAGAGAACUGAUAUUUUGUUCU